CUUUUUACGUCACUGAGCGUGAGAGCAAAGUGUAUUAUAUUUAAGGCUGGGAAUGGACGUCGUGGAGGGAAGUGGGGGAGUUCCGGGCUCUUUGCGGAUGGCGCCCGUCAACUCAAGCCGAAAGGGGGAACCCGAGUCCGGCGUGGCCACGCGGUUGCAGCCGCUUCUGAUGGUGCUCAUGGUGGCGAUGUGUCUCGGCUCGGUGACAGGUAACCUUCUCGUUAUUAUCCUGGUGGCAACCACCAAGACUCUCCAGCAGAUGACUUCAGUGUUGAUCAUGAACCUGGCCAUCAGUGACCUCCUGGUGGGCCUCGGUGUCAUGCCCUUUGUUGUUUUGUCCAUCAUGAAGCCUGGAUGGGCCGAACAUUUCAACCUGUGUUUAUUUGUGGGCUACACCUCCUCUGUGUACUGCACAGCGUCUGUUCUCACACUGGCUGCCAUCGCUUUAGACCGCUACCACUCCAUCGUGGACUGCCUUCGCUACAAGUCCCGCUGCACCUUGUGGAGGUCAUGCUUGGUGGUGCUGUGGAUCUGGUUGCAGGCCAUGGCCACCAGUUGCCCACCUCUUCUCGGCUGGGGAUCUGUGGCCUACCUGGCUCCCAUGUACAACUGUGCAUUGGACUGGGCCAACAGUCCUAGCUACACGGCCACCAUGAUCAGCCUCUCCUACCUCAUGCCCGCUGUCAUUAUCCUCUUCUGCUACGCUAAAAUUGUCAAAGUGGCCCGCAAGCACGCCAGGACCAUUCACAGCUUGGAGGAGUCGGUUCAACACAGCACGGACCCAAACUCCAUGUUCCCUUGCUCUUUAUACGACAGCUCCAUACUGAUCUAUCAUCUAAGUGGACACUUUGUGUCUGAGGUUGUGUCUGCUCAUCCAACUUCAUCCAAGAGGGUCUUCUCCAUGUGGUCUUUCUCCCAGGUCCAGCAGGAUUCUCAGCAACACCAUCACGGAGUCACUCAUCUCUUUUUGGUCAUCUUUAUCUUUUUCUUGUGCUGGACUCCCUACAUUGGAGUUGCUGUCUUUCAGGUUACAGAAAGGGCAAUCUCUGGUCAGACCACCCUGGUGCCCACCUCCGCUGUGAUCAUCUCCUACUUCCUGGUGUUGCUCAAUUCCAACUUUAACCCUCUGCUUUACGCUCUGCUCAGCAAGCGGUUCCAGGGAGCUCUGAUGGGGCUGACGCAGAAGCUGAGAGCUGGAAUGGGGAGCGUUGUCAACUGGGGAGGGGAGGUGGACCGUUGCAGCCUCCCCACCCGCCAUCCCGGGGUCACCCCCAGCUUGGAGGAAUCCCGUGUGUGCUCUCCAGUUUUCCCCAUCAGCAAUGACUCCAAGCAUCAUUUAAGUGAAAAUAUAUGCAAAGCGUGUCUCCCUGAAGCGGCAACACCAUCCUGCUCCACUUGGCAAGAUCCCUAUUGUGCCAGGAGUGUGGACUGUCUACAGGUACCCUUUAAGCCGCAAGAGGGCGGCAGACUACCAUUUUCUGCUUUGACGACGGACCCAAGGGCCACUUUUGUCUAUGGCCAGAUUACAGUGGAAGUAGAGCAUGUCUCAACAGAAAACCUACUAAUCACAUAA